AUGAAUUAUAGCAGUGGUAAUGCAGAUAAGGACUUAGCUAGAAAUUACAAGAGCUAAACCCAUAAUUCUGAUGAUAGCAUCAUUAGCAAGCUCAACGAAUUGAAAUAUGCAUUGCAAAAAAAGGGUAAAAUAAGCGAAGAAGAGUACCCAUUCAUAAAUUGCAUCUCUUAUGAAGAAAGGAAAAAAGAUGAGUUAAUCAUUUCGAAAGACGAUGAAAUUGUAGAUAUGUAUAUUGUCCUUAAAGGCAGAAUAAAGGUUUCCGCAUUUCCACCUGCUGAAGUUCAUAAAGAACUUAAUGAGAGAGAUUAGUUCGACAUCAUUAGCUAAAUAAACAUUUUCAAGACCGUAAAGCCAUGCUAAACUUUUGGAAAUUUUUCUUGUUUUUCUCCAGACAAAGGAUGGAAGAGUAUUUAUGCAUAUCCUGAGGGUGAGGAUGCUGAGUUACUAAAAAUUGAUUUUCAAAGUCUUAAAAUACUUUUUGAAGAGUAGAAUGAGGAAUAAAAGAAAUUUGAGAUGCUUGCAUUUUUAAGUGAUUCUAUCCCAGGAUUUAAGUAUAGAGCAAAGAAGGAAAAAUUUAUAAAAUACUUUGAGAAAAAGGUUUGUAGUUUUAUGUUAAAAUAAUUAUAGACAUUUAAACCUGGUCAUGUUUUAAUUCGAGAAGGAGAGAGAAGUGAAUUCGCUUAUAUUGUAAAUAUUUGCAGUGUAAUAGGAUACUUUAGUUAAAUACAUAAAGCUAAGAAGCCUAAUUAGAGGACAGUCGUUAAUACUAAUGGAUACUUUUCUCACACACUAAAUUCAUUUUAAAUUGGUAUAAUUGAGGAGAAACAAUGGGCAGGGGAUGAGAUACUUGCUAGGAAAGAUGAACCCUUUUUGUAUUCUGUUGUUUGCUAAACUUGCGUUGAACUGCUAUGCAUUUCGAAGGCGGAUUUAACUAAUUCUUCGAAGAUAAAUAAGGAUAUACAGGAGUAACUUAGAGAUAAAGCUCAGAAAAAACUUGAGUGGGUGACUAAAAGAUUUAUAGAUAUUUGUCUUGGGGUAGAGAAUAUUUCAAGGUGGGAUAAUAUUUAUGAAGAAUUUAAAGAAAAAGUUAAUGAAGCUGCAAGGAGGUUCCCAAAGGCAAAUCACUAGGCAUUAAUGAGUUUUAUAAAUAAUUUACCAGAAACAAAGAAAAGUUUAGAUGAGGUCGUGAAUCAAUUCUAAAACCCACCUGAAAACAUUAAAGCAGUUCUUGAUAAAACUUCCAUAAAGUAAAAUAGUAAUUAAUCAAUGAUAUUACCAAAUCAUACUUUGGGUACAAUAAACCAAUCUAAUAUGCAAAGUCCUUUGAUUAAUAAAAGAAUGUCCUUCGCACAUAAGACAAUAACACUAAGUCCUAAAGAUUAUGGUGGAAGACCUAAGACAGCAGUUCAUAGUAGCAUUGAUUAGACAAAUACAUCUUAUUAUGGAGGCUUCUUUAACACAUAAGCUAAUUUUCAAAAGUAGAUAAUAGAUCAAUAAAUGAGAACUUCAUAAGUUGUUUCUCCAAAAGAUAUUGUAAGAGAUAGUUAACAAAGCAUGGAUAUGGGGUUUGUUAAUCAUAUAUUGACUAAUGAUAAUCUUAGACCUCAAUCUUAAGGAAAUAUUUCGCAAUAUGAGCACCUUUAUUAACCUUCAUUUGUUAUAAGGCCAAAUACAUCAGGAUUAAUGCUUGGUGGAUUGCAUACCAAUAAUAUGAGCUAGAGUGCAUUGAAUAUCACUUCUUAAAGAUAUUCUCAAAUAAACUCAUAGAUUAAACCAAGUAAAUCAUCAUUCACGCUUCAUAAUUAAAAGAAUUAAUCAAUACUUUUGAACACUAUGCAACCAGGUGGAUUUUCUUAAACUAAAAUGUCUCUAACACCAAAUAAUUUAGCUCAAAUUCCAACUCUUAAAAAUCUAGCACAAACUCCAAUGUAAUAAAAGAAUCCUCAGAAAAUAGCUAUGGAGAGUGCUUCAACAUUUGUCAUAAGUCAUGAUUAAAAAUAUACAGUGCCGACAUUCUCAAAACUUCAGUUGGCUAAAAGAUAAAAUUACGAAAAAAUAAUUAAAUUUCGUCAAGACUCCAAAUAUAAUAAAAAGUAGAAUUCUUCAGAAAUACUUGAGAAACUUAAGUAAGGAAUGGUAGAAAAACAUUAAACUUUCAUUUUAAGUGAUCAUACUGUGUAAGUAAAAACUAGAUUAAAGAGAUAAAUUACUCCUAAUUUCGUAAACUAAUGGGCUGAGCAAAAUAAUCUUGAUUUACUAGAGAUAUCAAAUCCCGAACUUGCAAAAAAGAAGCAAAAAUAUAUCGAAAAAUAAUAAAGUCUUCAAAGAGCAAUCUAGAACUAGAAUGGAGGAAUUAACAUAAAUCAUAAUCACUUAAGUCAACAAUAAAAAUUUCAAAGUAGAGAAUUAAACAGAAAACUUACAGUUUCUUAAAACAAAAUAGUUCAACAAUAAGCUUCAAGUAAGCUCAGAUGA